GAAGAACAGAUCGCCAGCAGACGAGAAGAGACGAGACAGCUGAGGCAGACGGAGCAGCAGCAGGAGAAGAAGAAGACAAAGAAGAAAAACAAAAAGAGGCAGAGGAGUCAAGAGAAUAAGAAGAAGGAAGCAUCAUGGACGCUCUGAAGAAGGGAUUCUCCAUUGCGAAGGGCGGAGUGGUGGCCGCUGCCGAGAAGACGAAGGCCGGGGUGGAGGAGGCCGCCACCAAGACCAAGGAGGGGGUCAUGUACGUCGGAAACAAGACAAUGGAGGGAGUGGUGACCGGCGUUAACACAGUCGCCCAGAAGUCGAAUGAACAGGCCAACAUCGUUGCCGACACCGCGGUUACCGGGGCCAACGAGGUCGCCCAGGCAGCGGUGGAGGGGGUGGAGAACGCGGCGGUGGCGAGUGGAUUCGUCAGCACGGAGGAGGCGGGACCAGUGGCUGAGGAGACUGACCUUCCAAAAACAAAUGCAGGAGGAGAACAGACUGAACAGGCUGCACAGUAGACUCCGAACGUCCUGUCGGCUCUGAGAAUGGACUGGAGAAGAAGAAACUUUACACUUUAACCGUCGCUCGACCCUGAAACAUCCUCCGUCUGCUCUGAUUAACCUCAUUAACCGUCAUCCUCCCUCUCGUUGCUGUGGUUACACCGCCUCCGCUCAUCUCACAGUUUUUAACGCUCGGCGAUGAAGUGAAUCGGGUCGCGUGCGUCCACACUCUGAGCUGAUUGGCCGGUGCGGAAACGCCUGACAGAUGGAUACCUGAAGCUUUUUAAACGCAUGUCGCCUGAAGUACUAGAAUCUAACGACCAAUCAGUGAUGAAUGCUGCGGCUGUCACUCUCACUUCCUGUCUGUGUCGCUGAUUAAGCUGAUUUCUUCUUUUGUAAGUGAAAUAAAAAGCUUGAAAUCCA